UUAAGCUGGAAGUUCAGCACGACAAUCUUCGUCUUCUGAUGACCAAGCAGAUAGAGUAUGAGAAUGCCUUGGAGCGGCACAGCGAGGAAAUCUGGAACUCCAAGCCUUACCCCGACCCACUGACAGACUGCAAACCCCCUCCACCCGCGCAGGAGUUCCAGACAGCACGCCUCUUCCUCUCUCACUUUGGCUUUCUGUCUCUGGAGGCGCUCAAGGAGCCCAACAACAGUCGUCUACCUCCUCAUCUGAUUGGCCUGGAGUCAUCCUUGCCAGGGUUUUUUGAUGACAUCAGCUACCUGGACCUGCUUCCCUGCCGACCAUUUGACACUGUCUUCAUUUUCUAUGUGAGGGCUGGACAGAAAAGCAGUCCUGAGAUUCUAAGGAACGUGGAGUCGUCGUCCAGCGUCCAGCCCCACUUUCUGGAAUUCCUGCUGUCCUUGGGCUGGCCUGUGGACGUGGGACGCCACCCAGGAUGGACAGGACACCUAGAUACCAGCUGGUCCCUCAACUCCUGUUCUGACAGCAAUGACAUACAACAAACAGAAGACGCAGCUACUCCCGAGGACACAGGAGGUUCAGUGUUCAACGGGGAGAAGAAAGUUUUAUACUACGCUGAUGCUCUGACAGAGAUUGCCUUCGUUGUUCCAUCUCUAACAGAAAAUUCUGGUCAGUAUUCACUUAUUUGA